AUGUGCUGCAGCCGAAGACAAGAGAGAAGACGGGGCGACACAGACGCCCCGGAGUGGAACACGCUCAGACCGGAGCCCCGAGGAAAGGCUCGGCUGGAGAAGCAGAAGCCCAAGGACUGGGACGACGCGCCGCCCGCGCACGAGCCCCGCCUCGGGCUCAUCCUGGCCGGCAAGACCGGUGCGGGCAGGAGCGCCACCGGCAGCAGCAUCCUGGACCACACGCGCCUCCCGUCCAGGCUCGCGGCCACCGCGGUGACCCGGGCCUGCGCCCUGGGGAGCCGCCGCUGGGGCCGCUGGCGCCCGGAGGUAACCGACACCUCGGACCUGUUCGGCGUCGAAGGCGGUCGCGCCGACCCCGACUGCACCGAGCGCGGCCGCUGCCACCUGCUGUCGGUCGGGCCGCAUGCCCUGGUGCUGGUCCCGCCGCCGGGCCGCUUCCCCGCCCGGGACGAGCCUGCGGAGCGCGGCGUCCGCCAGCUGUUCGGGGCCCGCGUCCUGGCGCCGGCGGUCGUCGUCGUCACCCGCCGCGAGGACCUGGAGGGGGCGUCGCUGCACAACUAUGUGCGCGACACCGACAACCGCGCGCCACGGGCCCUGGUGGCCGAGUGCGGCGGCCGCGUGUGCGCCCUCAACAACCGGACGGCUGCCGCGGAGCGCCGGGCGCGGGUGGACGAGCUGCUGGCGCGGGUGGAGCGGCUGGCGCGGGACCCCCCGGGCGCGCCCUUCACCAACGCCGUGUACCGCCUGGCGGGGACCCUCUGCGGCAGGGCGCCAAGCGGCGGGCGACCGGCCCCUGGGGGCGGGAGCGGGGGCGGCGCCGGCUGGAGGGGGCGGCGCAGGCGGCUGGGGGCGCUCCUGCUGCUGGGGCUGCUCUGGCGCCUGGGACCAAAGGCCUUGCGGGAGGUCAGUCCCCACUUGACAUGGGUCAAGGUCCCAUGA